AUCGACUUGCCACUAUAGUCGCCGACGUGAGGUUCAUCUGGGCAGUCGUCAGGGGAUGCUGGAGACAGAAUAUGUCCAAGAGAUAUUCCUUCCCAGCACGAACAGAGUAGAUGAGAAUGAAAUACGAUGUCAACCCGAUGGAUAUUUUGGGGGAUGGCUGGUUUCUUUUUCGGUGUCAUGGGCGUUGUGUGUCUCUACUUGGCCAGUUGGAAUGCAUACCACAUUGACAAACAAUCGAGAGGGAGAUCCCCAAGGGACUUGCUUGUGCAGGCUGGCCCGACAGACCGGGAUGCGGAGUAUAGGGGAAAAGGUGUCCGCAUCCUGUGUUGGAUCGUAAUCCACUCAAUGAACUUCUCAAACAGGAGUAUGUCCGUCAAACGGACUUGGACAAAACGGUGUGAUAUCAUCUUGUUCUUCAGUUCGGAGACGGACCCUUAUUUCCCAACAAUAGGACUGAAAAUUCCUGAAGGAAGAGCCUAUUUACCCCAAAAAUCGUUUGCAGCAUUAAUGUAUAUAUACAAACACCACUAUGACGAUGCUGAUUGGUUUCUCAAAGCUGACGACGAUACCUACGUCAUCAUGGAAAAUUUACGUCACUUCCUCAGAGACAAAGACACAACGGCACCGUAUUACUACGGUCAGGUGUUUCGGAAUUCCUACAACAGCGGCGGCGCAGGGUAUGUCAUUGGAAAAGAAGGCUUGCGGCGGUUUGGUAAAGAGGCUCCAAACACGGGCAUGUGUACGAAUGGCCAAUCUGAAGACGUUGUAAUUGGUCAGUGUUUGGCCUUCUUGGGGGUGAUGCUCUGGGCAAAUACAGAGGACACGUUAGGCAGACCACUGUUCAACUGGAACAAUGCAUAUGGGAGUCUGAAUGGUGACGUGCCUGCGUGGGCAAAGAAUUCUACUCACACCAUCAUAGGUCUGCAUGGCGUCAGUAAUAUAGCAGUUUCCUUCCAUUACGUGAAACAUCCAGAUAUACAAUACUUUGAGUUUUUCCUUAACAAUUUAACCGUGCAUGGCUUCCACAGGCCUGUCUGGCCUGUUUGAUCAUGAACAGGCUGUAUAGUUGAUCAUCAAUAGAGUGUAUGAUUCAUCGCUUACAGGCAGUAGGCUUUAUCACCCUGGACUGUUGGUCAGGCUUGCUGACUUGGUUGAUGCAUGUCAUCGAUCCCAAUUGCUCGAUUAUUUUACAGACCGCCGUCAUAUAGCUGGAAUAUUGCUGAGUGCGGCGUUAAACAACAAACAAAGCCCUAGUAUGUAUGGAUGAUCACAUGUAGGACACAUGGUUGCUGCCUACAUGGUGUUUGAUUGAUCACACACACACACGUCUUAUGAUUAAUCACCUACAUUAUGCAUUAUUGAGAAACUAUAGUGUAUUAUUAUAUAGGUUAUAGUACUGAAACCUAAAGCCUGAAUGAUUGAUCAAGCACUUGCGUGUUUGAUCACCAACAGACUAUAAGGCUGACCACUUCGAGACUCCAUGAAUAAUCACCUUCAGGCUCUGAUCACAUACAGGCUUUUAUGUUUGAUCACCUACAGUCUCUAUGACUGAUCCUACAGCCUUUAUGAUUGAUCACAUACAGGAUAUAUAUUUGAUCACCUACAGACUUUAUGAUUGAUUACCUACAGACUCUAUGAUUGACAUGCGAUGCUACACUCAAGCUCAAAGGCCAAGAACAAGAAGAUACAUAAUUUGCAAAUGCAAGUUAUUAUAUGUUGAUGAAGCCAGUAUCGAAAAACGACGACGAAAUCAAAAGUAUAGGCACUGCUAUAUGACUCUAUAGAACAAUAUUAAAAAGUGGUAUAUUUGGAUAUAUGCCGAAUGUUGAAUUUUCAGUAGCUAAUGUGCAUGUUGUACCUAUACGUUUAUCUGCAGUUUGUUAUCAUUUUCAUUGAAAUAAUACGUG